CAACGGGCAGCACCGGAAACGGAAAUGUCAGAAUAGAAAAUCAAGCAAACUUGGAAACGCGCGAUUUUUUGUUUACGGUUGUCAUGCAAAAUAUUGAUUUUUGGUUGCAUAUUUCUAAUCUAGUAUUUACAUAGUUGUUUGUUUAUCUUAUUGUGAAAACGAACAUAUUCCUGUUAUAGUGAUUUCAAUAACUUUUUAUUCUUCCAGAUAUAUCUCACCAGUAAUCUACGCACGCUUCGUACCUACAUCCACAAUAAUGUCACGGCGCGACAGCCCAGUAGACACCUUGCUUCCCACCGACUACUCUGCAGGAGACUCUAACAAAAUGAACCCAAAAACUUGCCAGGAAGAAAACAACAAUGACAUAGACCAACUCUCCAAAGACUUAACAGCAAUGGGAUGCAUAGUCGACGCUGUAAAGAAACCUAACAUAUGCAUAGAGCACUGCAUACACGAAGAAUCCGAUUCGGAGGAGCAAAACGACACUGUGAUAAAUAACGAAGAAGACGGUUAUUCCGAUGAGUUUGAGGAUGAUAAGAGUGAUGAUGAGGGUAUAAAGGAGAUUGAUUUGGAAGAUGAGCGUGAGCCUGAAGAUGAAAUGAAGAGGACGAUGACGCUGAUCAAGAGCCAGUCGUCGACGUCUACGAACAAGCCGCCGAGGUCGGUGGCGGGGUCAGUGCGGUCCUCUAGCUAUGGUUCUCUUCCCGUGCCAAAAACGAACCGAAUAAACAUGUCGUUCACGAACGACCGACUCAGAGAGAUUGAGCGACACAACCACAUACUGCUGAACAAGAUAAUAAGCGCUAGAAAUGUGCGCAAGUCUUCGAUACCGCCGCACGGCACCCCGGCCGGGAUCAAACCCGUGCCUGCCGCCGCCGUCAUGAGGAGAAAUGCUCAGAGGAAGAUUGAUCAUGAUAAUAUGAUUCUACUGAAGAAGCUCCAGCGUACCAAGUCGUCUUCAUGCAGCCUCCGCCGUUGAUACACAGAGGGCGCCACAAGGGCGGGCGCUGGGACUCCACUACUGAAUAAUAUAAAACUAUUUCUUGUUAUAACGCUAUUGUGUGCCUUUAAAUAUAUAUUUAUUAACGUUUUUA